AUGUUGGACGGCCUGAAAAUGGAGGAGACGCUGCCCAGCGCGCUGGAGCCGCCGCCGGCUCCCCUCCCCUCCCUGCUGGGGGUCGCGGCGGGGCGGCGCUGGGUGUGCGAAGGCUGCCGGGGAGUCAUCGCGGAGCGCUUCUUGCUGCGCCUGGGCGAGGGUCUGUGGCACGAGCGCUGCGUGCGCUGCGCCUCCUGCCAGGAGCGCCUGGAGAGCAGCUGCUUCUACCGCGAGAAGAAGCUCUACUGCCGCCGGCACUACGAAAAACUCUUUGUGGUGAAGUGCAGCGGCUGCUUGGAAGCCAUCGCCCCGAGUGAGUUCGUCAUGCGAGCCCAGAAGAGUGUGUACCACGUGGGCUGCUUCUGCUGUUGCGUCUGCAAGAGGCGGCUCCAGAAGGGGGAUGAAUUUGUCCUGAAGGAGGGGCAGCUCCUUUGCAAGAGCGACUUCGAGAAGGAGCACGAACUGCUCAGCCUCGUCAGCCCGGCGGCAUCAGAUUCUGGUAAAAGUGAUGAUGAAGAGAACCUGGGCAAAAUGGGAACAGGAACCAGGAAAGCGUCUGAGGAGAACAAGGAUCAGAAGAGGCCCAAGCGACCUCGGACAAUUCUAACAACGCAACAGCGCAGGGCGUUCAAAGCAUCAUUUGAGGUGUCUUCUAAGCCAUGUAGGAAGGUGAGAGAAACCUUAGCAGCGGAGACGGGGCUGAGUGUCCGAGUUGUACAGGUCUGGUUCCAGAAUCAAAGAGCUAAGAUGAAGAAGCUGGCAAGACGACAACAGCAGCAACAGCAAGAUCAACAAAACACGCAGCGGCUCAGUUCUGCUCAGACAAACAGUGGCAGUAAUACUGGCCUUGAGGGGCUCAUGAAUUCGUAUACCAUCUUGCCGCAACCCCCACAACAAAUUCUGGCUAUUGAUCAAAGCGUCUACAGCUCAGAUCCCUUCCGGCAAGGACUCACUCCACCACAGAUGCCUGGGGACCACAUGCACCCCUACGGCGUUGAGUCACUUUUCCACAACCUUGAUAGCGACGACGCAUCCCUCAGCAACUUGGGCGACUGUUUCUUAGCGACCUCAGAAUCUGGACCACUGCAAUCAAGAGUGGGAAACCCCAUUGACCACCUGUAUUCCAUGCAGAGCUCCUAUUUUACAUCUUGAGGGGUUGGAUGGCCCGGACAGACCUGGUUCCUGGAUUGUU